UUUUUUUUUUUAUACACUUGAAUUUUAAUCAUGAAAGAGCUAGUUAAAACUAGCUUUAAUCCUUCUUUAUCUGUAUCAGGCUUUCCUUGUAUUUGGAUAUUCAAGUUUUUAUGUGAAGAUGAAGAACCAUUGCCCGGAUCACCAGCUCAAACUUCAAAAUCGCCUACUGGUUUUCAAACACAACUUAUUUUAUGUACAAGUGUGGGCAUCUUAUGUUUUCUAUUAUUUUGCUUCUUAAGAAUGAGAUGGAGAGAUAUAUAUUCACCAAGACUUCGAAUGAGAAAACAUGCACCAGAUAAACUACCUUCAAGCUUCUUUGGCUGGAUUAUACCCUUAUUAAAAACACCUAAUUCUGUAAUUAUGGAAAAAGUUGGACUUGAUGCAGUUGUGAUGUUGCAAUUUUUACUUAUGAGUGUUAAAUUAUUUAGUUUUUGUGGCUUCUUUGGUACAGUUGUUCUUUAUCCAAUAAGUAAAAUGGGAGGUGAUUUUGCAAAUGGUACUUAUCCGGAACUACCUGCUAACUCUACUGAUGGAUAUCAUAAUCAGGAACAAUUCUUUACUUCAACUAACUUUUCACAUUCCGCUUCAUUUCUUUGGGUUUAUCUUUUCUUUACUUACUUAUUUGUCUUUGCUACCUUUUAUUUCACUUUUUUAAAUUAUCGAGAUUAUGUUCGUAUCCGACGUGAAUUUUUGUUAAGAAAGGCAAAGACAUUAUCAGCACGUACGCUACUAAUAACGGGAAUUCCACCUCAUUUACGAUCGGAUCGAAAAUUGGCAGACUAUUUUGAACGUCUUGGAGUGGGCGUUGUUGAGUCAGUACAUACGAUACGUCAUGUAGGACGAUUAAUGGAAUUUAUAAAAGAACGAACACAGUACUUGAGACAAUUAGAGACGGCUUAUACUACCUAUUUUGGGAAUCCUUGUGAAGAUCCAAAUUAUGAUCCUGACGAAGUUCUUAAUGAACAAGAUGCAAUCACUGUAUUCAAUCAGUCCUUGUUACCAACUUUUAAACAAAAUAAAAAACGUCCUCUUAUUCAAAAAGGAUAUCUCUGUAAUGGACCUCAGGUAGAUGCUAUCGAUUAUUAUACAAAGAAAUUUGAACAAGUGGAUGAAAUCGUUAUAAAGGCACGAAAGAUAGGCAAAUUUUUACCCACUAGCGUCGGUUUUGUAACAUUCGAGGAAACAAUCAGUGCUUAUGUAGCCUCACAAGUCUUAAUUGAUUCUACACCCUUUAGAAUUCGAGCUCAAUUAGCACCUGAACCAAGAGAUAUAUUAUGGGAAAAUAUAUCCAUGCGUAGUAGGGAACGGGUGAUUCGAAAAGUUUUAGUGAUGCUUAUUUUACUUUUUUUGGUCUUUUCCUGGACAAUUCCUUGUAAUUAUCUAUCAGCUUUAACUUCUCAAAAAUCUUUAAAAGCCUAUUUCCCUUGGUUAUUGAAAUUGGCCGAAAAAAAUAAAAUUCUAAAGCAAAUUGUAGCUGGUUUUAUUCCUACACUUGGUGUUGUUAUCUUUUUCUCUGUUUUACCUAUCGUUUUUAAUAGUUUGAGUGUCAUUGAAGGCUUUACAACAAGAAGUGAAUCAGAAGAAUCCUGCUUUGCCAAGCAAUUCUUUUUCUUAUUUGCAAACGUAUUAUUAUUUAUUACAGUUACAAGUACUCUUUUUAAAUCACAAAGAGAUAUUAUCGAAGACCCUACUAAAAUUGCAAAUAUAUUCGCAUCAAAAUUACCCGAAGUUGCGCCUUUUUAUAUCAAUUAUACAGUACUUCAAGGCAUUAUGCUUUGCCCUAUUCAAUUACUUCAGAUUGGCCCUAUUCUAGUUCAAUUAUUCUAUCGUACAUUUUUAUGUAAAACGCCUCGUGAUUAUGCUGAAGUCUUUGCUCCUCGCAUGUAUAAUUUUGGUUGGGGAUAUCCUGUUCCUGUCUUUAUGUUCGUCGUCAUUUUGGUUUAUUCAACUAUUUCUCCUCUCAUUCUUGUGUUUGGAGUUAUUUAUUUUGCUAUGUCUUAUCUUGUCUGUAAAUAUCAAUUACUUUAUGUUUACUUUCAUUCUUAUGAAGUAGCAGGUAGAAUGUGGCCUAUGGUGUUUUCACGUAUUAUUAUCGGCUUAUUGAUCUUUGAAUUGACUUCAGCAGGUCUAUUUACAUUGAACAAAUCUUAUCCAUUAGCAGCCCUCUGUAUCCCACUUAUCUUACUUACCAUUAGUUAUAAAUUUAUGAUGGAUAAGGCCUAUCAAAAAAGUACACAGUUCUUACCACUUCAAUUAUUAUCUGAAAAACUUGGACCUAUGACCUCUUUUAUCGAACCUACUCAUGGUAGACAUCCAACAGGGAACAUGAACAAUGGUAGUGGUAGUAAUAAUAAUCAAAUGAUUCUUCCAUUCAAUGAUAACAACACAAAAACACGAAAAAGGCGUACAGUCUUGGAUGAAGAUGAUUAUGUUGCAGAACCUCGAAAAUAUACUGAUUUUAGAGAACCGCCUAUGACACUUCUCAAUGGUAUUUUGAAUACAGGCAUGAAACAAUAUGGACAUCCUGCACUUGUAGGUGCUUUACCACAACUUUGGUUACCUGUAAAAGCAGGUUACCAUGAAGAUCGUCCUAUUAUCCAAAACAAGACACAAAGUCCAGAAUCCUCUUCAUCAUCAUCUAUCUUUACAAGUGCGUCAUCUUCUGUAUCUCAACCAUCACCACCACUACAACAACAACAACAAGGUAAACAAGACAUCUAACAUGGUUCUAUGAUGUAUUUUUUUUUUUAUGUAUAUUCAUUUGUUUUGUUUUAUUUUAUUUUUUUUGUGCUCGUAUAGAUGAAAAUCAGCCCCUACUUGUAGUCAUGUCAAAACAAAAACAACAAGGAGGAGAAGAGGAAGAAGAAACAGAAAAUAAUACAAAGACAUAUUAUCAUCAUCCUGAAAGAAGAUUAUCAAGACAUUUAUCCAAUCAUAAUCGCUCUUACGGAGCUACUACUACUACUACUACUACUGCUAAUUAAAAAUAAAUCUAUAAUAAAUAUAAUGAAAAGGAGAUCGUCAUCUACAU